CUAACGCGUAAAAGGACAAAGAAGAUCACGUUACUUUUCCUAAGGUUAGCAAAUGCACUAAAUUCCCAACCGUCAAGGUAGGGUAUAACCCCGAUGCCCAGUGUACAACAUUGAAGUGCAUACUAUAUACUAUAACCCCGAUGCCAUGUAUAUACUAUAUAGUUCAUUCGCCCCAAAUUCAAUUCAAAUCACCCCAAUGUAUAUAUAGCAAACAAAUAUUAGUAAUCAUUCUUGACAACUUAUUUCGAUCCGAGGAGCGAAAAGGAAUCGGCAAUCAGAAUGGCGAUGGCGAGGGGAAGCUCUGGCCUCGCUUACCCGGAACGAUUUCAUGCUGCUGCUGCUGCGUAUGCAGGUUUUGAUGGAUCUCCCCCCGACCCUAAUAGCUCUAAGUUCUCCAACGAAGUCGCUUUGCUCCUCUUUGCCCUUUACCAGCAGGCAAUUGUAGGACCUUGUAAGAUUCCUAAGCCUAGAAGUUGGAGUCCAGUAGAACAAAGCAAAUGGACAAGCUGGAAUGGACUUGGUAACAUGGCUUCCACUGAGGCAAUGCGUCUCUUCGUAAAAAUAUUAGAGGAAGAAGAUCCAGGUUGGUAUUCCAGGGCCUCAAAUUUUGUUUCAGAGCCUGUAAUUGACGGAGAUAUGAAUCAUAAUCCAAAAGCUGAGUCAAUUAUUGAAAACGGAAAUACUUUUCCUGAGACAAAAACUAUUCCUAUUGAAAAUGGCAACUUGUCAGAUGCUUGGGAUAAAGAUGCUGUAUCAGAAAGUUUUGGUGCAGUUAGUGUAUAUGAUCAAUGGGUUUCACCUCCAGUAUCUACUCCACGACUGAAAGCUCGAUAUGAGCAUGGAGCUGCUGUUAUUGAUGAUAAGAUGUAUAUAUUCGGGGGCAACUACAAUGGGCGUUACCUUAGCGAUCUCCAGGCUUUGGACUUGAAGAGUUGGACAUGGUCUAGAGUUGAAGUUAAAGCAGCUGGUGGUGAGGCUUCUCCCGUACCAGUAGCUCCUUUGGCUGGUCACACCCUGGUACCAUGGGAAGGAACUAAGCUCAUAUCAAUUGGUGGACAUAUGAGAAAUCCUUCUGAAAGUGUGCAAGUGAUGGUGUUUGAUCUGCAAAUGCAUACUUGGUCGACCUUGAAGACAUAUGGAAAGACACCGGUUUCCCGUGGAGGACAUUCAGUAACCCUUGUAGGAACAAGCUUAGUAAUAUUUGGUGGACAAGAUGCAAAUCGAUCUCUCCUGAAUGAUCUACACAUUCUAAACUUAGAAACCAUGGCCUGGGAUGAAGUGGACACGCUGGGAAUGCCUCCUUCUCCAAGGUCAGAUCAUGCUGCCACUAUACAUGCAGAGCGCUACCUUCUAGUUUUUGGUGGGGGCUCACACACUGCUUGCUUCAAUGAUCUGCAUGUUCUUGACCUGCAAACUAUGGAGUGGUCAAGGCCUACUCAACAGGGUGAAAUACCAAGUCCACGUGCCGGCCAUGCUGGUGUAGCUGUUGGAGAGAAUUGGUUUAUUGUUGGGGGAGGCAACAACAAGAGCGGGGUCUCUGAAACUGUUGUGCUCAACAUGUCUACUUUGGCUUGGUCAGUUGUAACAACUGUUCAAGGACAUGUUCCUCUUGCCACUGAGGGCUUGAGCUUGGUCUUAUGUUCAUAUAAUGGUGAAGAUAUUGUAGUUUCUUUUGGAGGAUACAAUGGGCGAUAUAAUAAUGAGGUCAGCGUACUAAAACCAAGCCACAAGUCAACCUUUCAAUCCAAAGUGAUUGAGACUCCUGCAGAUAGUGUUUCAGCAGUGCAGAAUGCGACUAAUGCCACAAGAGAUAUGGAAUCAGAGUAUGGAAUGGGCCAAGACGGCAAAAUAACGGAAAUUGUGAUGGACAACGUUGAGUCCGAGCCAACGGUACAUCUAUAAAGCUGCAUUUGAAGUUCACAUUUUGUUCUCUUCUCUGUGAGAAUAUGCCUCAACCAACUAGGUAUGUCUUGUUUCUAAAAUUCCUUGCAUAUUUCGAGUAGUUGAUAAUAGACUAAGAAAGAGAUAAAAAAGCUCGUGAGAAUAAAAAUGUUGUUCAAACAAGACAACAAAGGAUCUUUGAAUUCAUUGAAAUUGAUGAUUGCUUGUUACGAAACACCACCUAUGUAUAGGUGUAACGUAUCUUGUAUAAAAACUAAAAAUAGUGAAAGCAAUAAAUGAUUGUGUGCUAUAGAUUUAUAAUUAUGACUCCUCCUUAACUAUUGUGAGGUGCAUUUAUUGGGUGGAUUGAAUCCACAUCAUUAAUUGCACAUGGGUGAGUUUGAUUUGUUAAUUCCUUGUUCAUAUAUCUUUAUAUCCAACAAGAGUAUUCAUGGAUGUUCAUACUGGCAGAGUCAUUUAAGUGCAGAUUAAACAUAGUCAAUCCCAAUGAAAAGAAUUUAGUCUUUUUUAUAUAAUCAACUUUAAUUUAUAGUCCUUGAAAGAUUAACCAUAGUCAAUUUUAACCACUUUAGCGCACACAUUUCACAUGGCAUAGAGACAAAGAUGAGUCCCUGAGUCUGGCACACGAAACAAGCAUCAAACAUAGUAUACCUGUGUAGGUAUAUGUGUUAAUAUCACCUAAGCAAAUUUAAACCAAAUAACAAACAUGCUUGAAGGUUUGGCAUGUCAUAUACUAUUCAAUUAGCAAUUACAUUUGCGGGCCAUAUUAGCGCUUCUGUAAAACAUGUCUGGUCCUCCUAUUUUAGUUUUUCCUAUUUUCUCACUUUUUUUUGAUGUUGAAAAUUUCAAAUAUCUUUUCUUGCAUCCCAAAA